AUGCGAAUCGACGAAAAGCAACGAAAAGCCGGGAGCAUUCAGCAAGCGGACCAGAAAAGUGCACGGCUAGACAAGUUCUUGAUGAAGAACAUCGAGUUCAACAUUGCCGAGGGCUUGCCACUGGAAGAUCUGAGGGCAGACAUCCUGGACUGGUCAGAUUGGGAGGGAAGUGCGACACCUCCGGAGUCCUUGGUGACAGAGUCGGUGCAGGAUUUCGACCUUGUCCUCGGCUCGGACUUGGCAUACAGCCAGUCGUGCGUUGCCAUGUUGGUGGACGUGCUUCGCUGGUUCCUGUCGCAGAAACCACAGUUAAUGGUGCUGUUGGCACAUCGGCUCCGCCGAAAGCCUGAGGUCGACACGGCCUUCUUCCAGGAACUCCUCAAGAAGGGCCUGGACUACAAUGCUGUGGCUGCAGAAGGCCACCACAGCAAGGACAAGGAGUUGGACCCGCUGAUUCCAGAUCCUGGGUGGACUGCGGAAGGUAACUUUGGACGUGUUGUGGUGUACCAGAUCACCUGCACGGACCACGACCAGUUCUUAUUGCCCUGGAGCGAUUGUCUUUCUCACUGGCCCGAGAACGAGCUUUGGUCCUGCUGA